AUGCGGAGCCUGCUGCUGCUUUGGACCGCCGCCGCGCUGCGCACGGUGAAGCUUGCGAGCCCCGACCACAGGCAGAUCUUCUUCUUCCGGCACGGGGAGACUGAGCCGGUGGCAGCGCGGUGGCUGGACGACACGGGCGUGGCGCAGUGCCAAAGCUUCGCCCGGGAUCUGCGGAGCCGGCCGGAGGGGCUGCGGGGCUUUGCAUGGGCGGAUUGCGUCUUUGCAUCGCCCCAGAACUGUGCGGUGCAGAGCGCGCUGUUGGCGCUGAGCCCGCUGCUCUUGGAGCGGAAUCUCAGCGUGGUGCUCUUGCCGGACCUCCAGCCCCAGGUCUUCCCUUGGCGCGUGAAGAAUCACCACCCCCAGGGCGAGGACAUCCAGCAGGAGGCCAUCCGCAAGUUGGCCCAGUCCGCGGUGCCCGAGCCAUUGCUGCGGGGCUUGGCCCAGGUGCCGGUGGACGCCAGCCGCGCCAAAGGGCGCUGGGCGAUCCCGCGCCCGGAGUCCAGCGCGGAGGUGCAGGAGCGCAUGCUGCGCUUCGUGCAGCAGCUCUACGGGGACUUCGGGCACUGCCGGCGCUCCAUCGUGGUGGGCCACUCGCAGAACCUGAAGGCGGCGCUGCUGAAGCUCUGGGCCCACAGCGCCGACGCCAGCUUUGGGUACAUCCCUUCCUGGUACCAGGGGCCCACAGCUGAUUGGCACGGGCUGCUGAAUAGCUCCCAUUUGUACGAGGACUCGUUGGCCUAUGGUAGUAUCCUCCAGGCGUCCCUCGCAGAGGAGCCUGGAUUGCUGGAGCCGCGACUUCUCUGGGACUCGCGCCUCGAGAGCUGGGCCAUCCGCUUCGGUCGCUGCGGCGGCAGCGGGGUGGCCCUCAACGCCCGCGGGGAGGAGACGGGCGACUUCUGCGCCUGCCCGUACGGGCAGUGCAUAGGGUCUGGCUGUGGUGAGAACAUGGCGGCCUGGCCCUUCCCGCACAGCCAGAACGUCUUCCACAGCUCCUGCAAAGGCUGCAGCUGCGGGGAGGCAAGGCACCGGUGCAAGGAGUUUGCCACUGCGGAGCAGUGCGUCCAGGGAGUCAGCUUCACGGGCCACCCCUGCGAGUGGUGCGAGGUGCACGGGACCUGCCGCGCCACCGGCAUCGACGUGAGCUGCCCCGACACCUGCUGCAUGUCUCAGGUGGAAGGCUCCCGGUGCCUCAGCCGCCUGGGCGCCUCCAGCUGCCCGCUCCGCGCCGCCGGCCUCGCGGCAAAGGGCGCGCCCGUCGGCUUCGACGCCAUGGCCGCGCGGCGGCUGGCGGAAGCCUCCGCCAGCGGAGGCCGAGUGACGGCUGGGGCCCCGGCGCUGGGCGUGGUGGCGGCGCUCACGGCGCCCUGCGCCGUGCAAGGCGGCGGCUGGGCGCCGGAGGUGCAGGCCUGGAAUAGCAGCCUGGUCUUCCCCUUCGAAGGCGAGCGCCGCGGCGUGGGCGUGCACGCGACCCUCUGGGCCCAGCUGCAGCCGCGGCUCGCGGAGCUCCGGGCGCGGCUCGAGCAGAAGCCGCGGCCCGUCUUCCUCACAGGCCACGGCCUGGGCGGCGGCCUGGCCACCCUGGCGGCGCUGGCGCUGGAGGCCGCGGGCGUGGAGCUGGCGGGGCUGGCGACCUUCGGGGCGCCCAGGGUGGGGAACCUGGCCUUCGCGGUGGCGUUGCGGAGGGCGCUCGAAGGGAAGCCGCUGUGGCGGGUCACGGUGCGCCGGGAUCCGGUGGUGCAGGUGCCGGCGCGGGAGCUGGGCUUUUGGCACGUGGCGGGGGAAGUUUUCUUCCCGGACGCCGCAAGCUCGAGCUACGUCUUGGACGACGGGUCCGGCGAGGACCCCAAAGGUGCCGGCCAAUAUGAAGGCGCGCCGCUGAAGUUCAUUGCGGACCACCUCAGUUACAUGAACGUGUCGAUGCCCUGCGCGGCUUUGCCGGAGCCGGCGGUGUGGAAAAAGAGCACGGACCUGGCGGCGGCGGUGGUGGAGACCCGGAGCCCGGACGUCGUCUUCCGGUACCAGGGCGCGCCCUUCGAGGCGGCCAACGUGGGCCGAAACGUGGCCUUCCAAGGGCUGAACACCAAGACGAAGCAGUGGCUGCAUUUCCUGGCUGGUCAGUCCCCAGAUCAGCUGGUGCUCCUGACAGAUGCCAACGACGUCAUCUUUGGCGGAUGCGACCAGAAGCAGCUCAUUCGCAACUACGAGGCCGUGGCGACGCUGGGGGGCGCGCCGGUGGUCAUGGGUGCGGAGCUGGGCUCGCGCCCGGAGCGGCUCAUGGCCAACUUCUCGGCGCUGGAGUCCCGGCGGCAGCGCGUGCUGCGUGCCUUCGCCGUGCCGGCCGACGGCUACGCCGCGCGCGCGGACUGCACGGCGAGCUUCGGGCCUUGCUCGAACCCGCCGGCGUAUCAGUUCCUGAACAGCGGGUUCUACAUGGGCCCCGCCAAGGAUGUGAAGGAAGUCCUGGAAGCGGCGCUGGACUACGAGUGCGACCAGGACGGCGCUGCGGAGUACAUGUUGUUGCAUCCGGACAAAGUGACCCUGGACUAUGCCGGUGCUUUGGUGCUGAACCUGCACAACUUUCAUCAGGAUGAGAAGUUGCUGAAGGUCGAGACGGUGAACAAGCAGCUCCGCUUGCACAACCAGGUGACCGGCAUGACGCAGUGCUUCGUCCAUGGGAACGGCAACGGCAAGGAGUUCGUCAGCCGCCUCGCGGCGCGAUGGCUGCCGGCACUGGCCUGGGACGACCGGGAUCCGCACCUGCAGGCAGUGCCGGAAUGCGCGACCGCGCCCCUGGUGGAUGAUGCAGCGUUGCGGCUCGGGUCGAGGCCCUUCCGCCCGCCGCGAACAGGGGAGCUGCUCCGCGCCUGCCACGGCUCCGGCUCCAAGGCCCUGGAGGUGGUGGUGCCCUGCCAGGCGAACGGCUGCGGCCUGCGGGCGGAGGUGCCCUGGAUCCUGCGGGUGAUGCUCGGCUUCUCCGACAUCCGCGCGUCCUGCCUGGAGGAUUUGUACAACUCCAGCGAGAAAGGCGGCCCAGGCGUGCGGCCGGGCCAGGUGCUGGUACUCACCAGCCGGAAGUAUCAGAUGGGCCUGGACGUGGCGCGCGCCGCCAACGUGCCGCUGUCGCAGCUGGUGCUGGUGCACAUCGCGGACGAAACCAAGGCAGACCAGGCGGCGUGGGCGCAGCGCUACCUCAGCUGGCGCUUUGUCUUUCGGAACUACUGGGUGGACGAUCAGCAGGGCUCCUUUGAGAGGCUCUUGGAGCAGGAUCGUUUGGCCUACUUUCCCUUGGGCCCCACGCCGCAACUGCUGAGCUUGCCUCGUGACCGGUUGGCGUCCCAGAGGUCGGUGCGGGUCUUCUUCAGCGGCCGCGCGGGCAACGGCGCGGAGCGCCUGGGCCGCCUGGGCGCGGCGCAGCGGCGCCUGGGCGCGAAGCUCCUGGUGCAGACCACCACGGAGCGGAAGUACGGCUGCUACGACUCGGAGUACGUGCAGCGGCUCACGGACAGCGCCAUGUGUCUGCAGAUCCCCGGAAACAGCGUGGAGUGCUUCCGCCUCUACGAGUCCCUGGAGGCCGGCUGCGUGCCGGUGGUGGUGCGCGCCUGGAGCUCCCCGAAUGGAAGCGACCCCCUGGUGAAGCUGCAGGUGGACGGGCAGCCCCCGCCCUUUUUGUACGUGGACCGUCCCGAGGAUUUGCCGCAGGUGCUGCAGCUGACGCCUGCGGAGCUGGACUUGGCGCAGGCCAGGGCCGGCGCGUGGUGGGCCAAGGCCAAGCGCCGCUUCCGCGAGGUCUUCGCCCACCAGCUGAGGCCACCGGAGGCGCCAACGGGCAUCCUGAGUUGGAGGCAGGCACUGGCCGCGGGUUCGGAGAUCUGGGCCUUCGGGGCGUUGUAUCUGCUGCUGGUGCUGUGCCUCACCAACUUGCGGCCAUCGGAGGUGGAGCCGGAGGCGCCGGGCAUGCUCCUUGAGGUGGAGGUGGUGAGGGUUGGCAGCAUCGCCCUCAUCGUCAUGGGCCACUUUUGGACGAUGCGCAUGGAAUUGCCUCUGCUGCAGCACGGGCAAAACCACGUGUGGAACCUGGUGGCGAUCAGCGGUCUGGUGACGCACAAGAGCAAGGUGUGGCCCUUGAUGAGCUACUUCCGGAAGCGCUUCGCGCGGUGCCUGGUCUGCUACCAGCUGGCCUGCCUCGCCGCGGCGGCGCUCUCGCUGCCAAAGCUGCGGGCGGAGUGGGCGCUGAGCUUCCUGGGGCUUCAGACCUGGCAGUUGCCCUGGGCCCCGGCGUGCAACGAGCGCUUCGACAUCGCAGAGUGCGUGGGGCUGGAGCUGAACGCGCCGCUCUGGACGAUGCCGGGGCUGUUCCUCUGCUGGGCCCUGUACCCAGCCGUGGUUCUUAUCGCCGACCGCGUGCAGUCGCUGGCGCCGUCCCUAUCAACGGCCGCAGUGUUAGCCUGCAGCGGCCUGUGCUACGUGCUGUCCAUGAUGCUUUUGCAGUCGCGCUUCUUCAUGUGGCCCCCGGCCUUCCUGGUGCCUUUCCUCUUCGGCCUCUGCUGCGCGGAGCUGCGCCGGCGCGCCGCGGCACCAAACCGCGCCGCGUGGAGCGCCUGGGCGGCGCGGGCGGCGGGGCCGUUGGCGGCGCUGCUGCUGCUGACGGGCCAACCGGACGCCGUCGGCCCGCCGGGCUGGCAGCUGCCGCUGCUGCUGCCGCUGGCGGCCAAGCCGUCCACCGAGAAAGCGCCGCUGGAGAUGUCUUUAUGGCAGUCUUUAUGGCAGACGCUGGGACGCGGGAGCCUUGUUGCCUACAUGUUUCAACUGCCGCUGGCUCAGCUCUUCCUGGUGCUCUGGCGGCUCAUGGGGCUGGAUGGCAUUGCGGAGCUUCACCCCCGGAGCCCCGAGCAGGCGUGGACCAAGGGCUUCCCUGCUAUGGGCAGCGGAGCCUUCGCGGUGUACUUCUGCGUCUUGUGGGCGCUGAGCUGCUUCUGCGCCGUGCGCUGGAUGUCCGCCGAGGUGGCAGGCCUGGACGCCUUGGAAGAGGCCUGA